AUGAGCAAUACCCAUGGUCAGUCGUGGACAGACACAUUCUUCUCCGAAUGGCCCCUACCAGAUUGGAUCAAUGAAGGCCGUGAAGAUAAGACCGAUUUCAGACUUUUCGACCCACAGAAGAAAUGGAUGCUGGGGAGAUCAGCAGAUACCGGACGUUACUCUGAGUUUGGAAGGAUACAGGUUAAGUGGCUUUAUGUCCGACAUGGAGGGAUAUACUACCGCCAGCAUGUGGCUAAGAUUUUUCCAGAGUACACUGAACGUGAUGCAGAAAUGCAGCUUAAACGCCUGCCCUCCCGUAUCCCGAAAACGGUCAAGGAGGUUAGGGAUGAACUCGAUUGGUUUCCAACCGAACUCCGAGUGUUUCAUCGCAUUGACGCCUCAUGCACAAGCUCCCAAAGAAUUUACUUCCCCGAGUUUCAUGGAGUCAUUACCGAUCUCGAAAAGUACCUUAGCAGUCCCUAUGCUAAACAUCGCGCCAUUGCCCUAGAAUGUAUCAGGCCGAAGCUGUCAUCACGACGAAUCCUAGCAGCAGACAAAGAACAUAGUCAUGGGGAUAAGUUCAAGGACAAGCUCAGCGGUCUAGGUUCCCUGAGUGAUUUCGAAGUGGAUUACUAUGACUCUCUCUUUACUGACCGUAUUCGACGUCUUCUGACAUUGCAUCGCCUUGGGAUCACUCAUGGAGACAUUAAAGAUGAGCACUUCAGGCUUCCGAUGGAUUUCUUUGACACAGUCCUAUAUGACUUUUCCCAUUCGUACACCUUCUCACCGGUCAAGCCUUAUUUGCUAAGUUUUAGUCUACCGCGUCCACUGAAGAACAUAUCAAAAGCAGAAAAGCUAGACCUUCGUGAACAUCUUGUCGAAACCAUCGGGGCCACUCAAUCAGUGAUCAUGGAUGCUCUGAUUCAACCUCUCCAAGAGGAACUGUCCAUUGAAUAUGAACCUGAUUAUCUCCACAGCCUUCUCCAUGCCGUCGGUAAAUUCGGUCUUCCCUUUUCUAGAGGGUAUCCGUCCGGGAAAGAUAAAAAUGGGAAAACUGCAAUAGAGUUCGUUACCGACCAAAGUCACCCAGAGAACAGUGGGGAGGAAAGAAUAAAGUACUUACUUUGUUUGAUACCUAAGACAUGGGAAGCGCAGCAUAUUCACAGCCAACUUAUAAACGUCUGCUCGUCCUUCUCAUCUGCUGACAAUGGCUGCAUCAAGACUUGGGAUGAUAUUAUGCAACAUACCGUUCGGAUACAGUCUGGUGUUAUUCUUGAUGGAAAUGGCACUGAUCGCGUUCCAGGGUCAUCUACGCCUAUUAAUGAACUCCUCAAAAGUCUAGUCUUCAGUCAGGUUACUGGUCCUCAAUGUCGGAAAAGGCUUUUCUUCGACUCAGUGAGAAGAGCGCAGUUGAACGGUAUCGGGUUCUGGGAUCGUGUCAAGGCUCAGCCUCCCUGUAAGAAACCACGGGCCAUUUUCGGGGACCCCAGGGAUGCCAGGCUAACAUUAGGCUCUGCGUUGGACAGGCUUGUAGUCGCUGUCUUCAAUCGGGGAGAAUCUGCCUCGGUUCCUGCGAACAAGCCUGUCCAAUUGCUCUUCCCCCCCCAAAGCAGGAUAGUGACCACGAAUGAUCCUGUUGGUCUAUUCCUUGACCAGUAUGUUGUCUGUUCGAGAGAUUCUCGAGUCUCCCGCGGGUUCCUGGAUGGUUUACCCUCGCUCCUCGCCAGCGUUCAUCCCUCUUCAGACCUCGUCCGGGCCGUCGAGAUUGUCGCUUGGGCAACCCUGGGCAAUAAAAUCUCUCGGCCGGAUCUUUUAGCCAGGGCAAGAAGGCAGUAUACUGGUCUACUAUGCUCCUUCCAGGACUUGCUGCAUUGCUGCCAGCUACGAGCACCUACCGUGGAAGCAUUGGUGAUUGCUAUCCUUCUCGGCCUUUAUGAGAUUGUGAGCAGUGAUGAGAUUACUCAAGAGCAACAGAAGCAUGUUGCCCAUGUCCGAGGGGUCUGUGCUUUGCUGUUGAGCCCAAAUUCUCCUUUUGAUCUACUCUCAAGCACGCAGUUGUUUCAAGUGGCAAACCCUUUGCUCAUUAAGCGUGAUCUCCAGGAUCCAUUAGCCUCAUUUUACGAACUACAAAAAACCCUUGAUCGUGCUCUUGCUAUCGAACUUGCCUUCUCGCAAUGGGGUGCUACUCAGGAUGUAUCUUGGAAGGCUGAUAUAGUGGGCUUUAUGAGCCAGCAGGAUGCCGAAGCUUCAUCAUGUCCCUUUGCAUGGGGCGGCCCCGUACAUGCUUACUUUGACAUAUAUGUUGCAGCUGUCAUGAACACAUAUCGAAAGACAUAUUUGAUGCUAUUGGAUGUCUUAAUCCGUCUUGCAUCUCGAAUGGGCGGCACCAUCCGGACAGAUAACGUGACCAGAUGGGAGAAGCAGGCUCACAUCCUAAUCUAUGAUAUUGUCGCAUCUAUUCCAUAUCACCUUACCAAUAAUCUGCACGCGUAUCAGCAAGACAUUCUCUCACUCAACAGUCCUCCAGGCGUUGGUCGCUCUGUGGGAGGCCUAUUAUUGUUACAUCCUUUAUUUGUACUCUCUACUUGCUCGGCAGUGCCACGGCCUAUUCAAAACCACGCUUUGAAGUGUCUUGCCUGGAUUGGGCAACAUAUGGGGAUCGGACAAGGCAUGCUUAUGUCCAAGGGGUAUUCCAACUUGCCUUUCCAGGAAACGGCGGAAGGACAUGUCCUGAUUUGGGCGGGCAUGCUACUACAUCCUGCCGAGAAGCGGACGCAGCUAUAA